AUGACGACCGAAAAGUUUCGUAGGCUUCCAUCAUCGAUUCUUCACUAUGAAGAUCCUGACACGGAUUCUUCAUUAACAGACUGCGUUGGAUUCGGAUACGAUUCCAAAUCUGGGGACUUCAAAGUGGUUAGGGUUGUACAAUUCCGCGACCUAGAUGGAGAAUAUUAUCGUCCGCCGGGAGUGGAAAUUUUGGAGUUGAGAAAAGAAAGAUGGAGGGAAAUUGAAUUCUCUACUUAUAUGCAUAUAAUGGUAACAGGUUCUACCCAGGUGCAUCAUGAAGAAAAAUCUUAUUGGUGGUCAAAAAAUAUAGAAGGAAAUCUUAUACGCACGUUUGACCUGAGCGAAGAAAUUUUUGGCGAAAUUUCAGUACCGGACAAUUUAGUGGAGGAGGAGUUGUUGUAUAUAAGUAUGGGGAUGUUGAAUGGAUCAAUUGUUAUAUUUCACGGCUCAAAAGCAGGGAAUGAAAAGACGUUCUCGGUUUGGGAAAUGGAGAAAGAUGUUUUUUCAUGGUCAAAACUAAUGACAAUUGGUCCUUUUUUAGGAGUCGAGAAGCCAUUGUUGUUUGUGAGUUCAGAUGAACUUUUAAUAGAAGCCGACGAAGGACAAGUGAUUUCUUACCAUGUUAAAACUCACGUGACCAAAGUUAUUCCCAUAAAAGGGCGUCCAUGUGUGUUCGCUGAUAUUUUUUGUCAAUUUUAG